AGCUGAAAAUGAUGUUAGCAGUAAUCCAUCUUCAAAUUUAAAAAGAACUGCUAGUCAAGCUGCAUCUUCCGAAUAUAAUGGUGAUCCAGAAUAUGCUCGGAAAGUCAUAGUCCUAGAGCCUGAGAUAUCUGGUGUCCAACUGAAUAGUGAUGUAGAAGUUGCUGAAACAAUUCAAACUACUAUAUCUGGGCCAACUAUCUCAUCCACCUCUUCAUUUUUGAAUGUAUCUAGCACAAUCAAUUCAUCUAAUAAUAAUAAUAAUUUGAAAUCAAGUGUUACAAACUUUCAAAACAACUAUGGAUCUUCUCUCAAUGUUACUGUACGUCAACAUAAGCAACUCCAGCAGCAGCAGCAGCAGCAACCACCACAACAGCAACAAACGUCAGAAAAGACACUGAAUAAUAAUACUACACCUGGAAUUAGUACACGUCGAUUACAUGUGUCAAAUAUUCCUUUUCGGUUUCGAGAAGCUGAUUUACGAUCUUUGUUAGGU